AUUAACGCCAAAAGAAAAAGAAAGAGGAAGUAUAACUUGUUUUCGAUUCUUCCAACUCCAACUUAUAAUAAAAAUAAUUUCGAAGUUGCUCCAGAAAUUUUUUUAGUUGAACGAUUCGUUGACAAGUUACACAACUAAACUUAAUAAGACAUGAAUACUUUAAGAUGUGCUAUGGGGUUAUUAAGUAACCAAAGUAGUGUAUUCCAAAAUUUUCAGCAAAUCCGAUAUAAAUGGGUAAAUCGUUGGAUGAUAAGGGACGUAAAACGUAGAAAGGCGAUUGCAGAAUAUGGACCUACGCGUCUUCGAAUCAAUACUUUGCGGAAAAACGACAUAUUGCCUCCUGAGCUUAAAGAAAUAGCAGAUGCAGAAAUACACGCAAUGCCUAGAGAUUCUAUAAAACGGCAUAAGACUAACCGCUGCGUCCUUACGUCAAAACCUAGAGGUACUGUCCUUAGGUGGAGACUUAGUCGGAUUGUAUUUAGACAUUUAGCUGACUAUAAUAAGUUAUCAGGUGUACAGAGAGCUAUGUGGUGAAAAGGUGACGAUAUUUUCAUGUUGUGGUUUAUUUUUCAUAUGUUUAUGUCAUUUAAAAAAUUAAAAUUCACCUGUAGUGCUGAAAUAAUUUUGUUUUUAUAUGCUAUCCAUUUAAUUUUUGGCAGGAUUUUGAAUUUUAAAGUAUCAUUAUGGUACUUUUAUUUUAUAUUUGGGAACAGUUUAUUAGGUCUAACAAACUGGCAUGAAACAUUGGAAAUAUUUAUUUAUACUGGAUAAAAGCAGGACUGUUAUCUAACUU